AAUUCGGGAGAAGCUAGCCAAAAUGUACAAAACCACACCAGAUGUCAUCUUUGUGUUCGGAUUCAGGACCCACUUUGGUGGCGGCAAAACGACUGGCUUCGGCAUGAUCUAUGAUUCUCUAGAUUAUGCUAAGAAAAAUGAGCCCAAACACAGACUGGCAAGGCAUGGCCUCUAUGAGAAGAAGAAGACCUCCCGGAAACAGCGGAAGGAGCGCAAGAACAGAAUGAAGAAGGUCAGGGGCACGGCAAAGGCCAACGUUGGUGCUGGCAAAAAGCCAAAGGAGUAGAUCUGCGGUGAUUUGAUCUGCGGUGUUGUACAGACAGUUUCGGGGAGAACAAAUAAACUAAAAGCUUAUGUGUC